AGAAGAAGCUAUAGUUAAGAGAUCAUAACCAUGGCUGAUGAGGUGGUUCUUUUGAGUUUCUGGCCCAGUCCUUUUGGGAUGAGGGUCAAAAUCACUUUGGCCGAGAAAGGAAUCAAGUAUGAGUACAAGGAAGAGAACCUGCGAGACAAGAGUCCUCUCCUUCUCAAGAUGAACCCUAUUCAUAAGAAGAUUCCUGUCUUGGUUCAUAAAGGUAAACCCAUCUGCGAAUCCCUCAUCAUUGUUCAAUACAUUGAUGAGGUUUGGAAGGACACAUGUCCUUUGCUGGCCUCUGAUCCUUACCACAGAGCUCAAGCUAGGUUUUGGGCUGAUUUCAUCGACAAGAAGAUAUUCUACUCUGGUAGGAAGACAUGCAUGUCAAAAGGAGAAGAAACUGAGGCGGCAAAGAAGGAGCUGAUAGAGUCCUUGAAAGUGUUGGAAGGAGAGCUUGGAGAGAAGCCCUACCUUGGGGGAGAGAAGUUUGGGUAUGUGGAUUUGUGCCUCAUUCCCUACUACUCUUGGUUUUACUCCUAUGAAACUUUUGGGAACUUCAACAUGGAAGCUGAGUGCCCAAAGCUUAUUGGUUGGGCUGAGAGGUGCUUGGAGAAGGAGAGUGUGUCAAACUCCCUUGCUGACCAACAAAAGGUCUACCAAUUCUUUGGGCAGAAGAGGAAGAUGUAUGGGAUUGAGUAG